GAUUGCGUAUUUGUGCGUCGUGGCCUGUCGUGGUACUACGGUGGUACGUGGAUCCACGGUAACAGCUCGACGGCUGUGGUAAGUGGUUUCGCUUUCCACCCGUCGCGCACCGGUCGCUCGUUUUGUACCGUCGUUGUCGUCGUCGAAUGUCGAUAAGGCGGAGCGUGAUGCAGCGGAAAGUGAUAGCGCGCUACGGGAGGCGGUGGUGCUGAUGUUGCCGGUCGCUUAUUCGCGUCAUCUAAACUCAUCUUGCAUUAUUCAUCAGGCGGCGCGCGCUGUACUUUUCAACUGUUGUCGUCCUUACUCCUUUUCUGUUUUUUUGGAUUUUUAACGAGCUCCCCCUUCCCAUACCGCUCAAAAGCCGCGCGCUGUAAAUAUUUUAACCGCGUCGGUUGCCGGCCCAUGUUAACCGGGGUUCUCCGUCAAGCAGCCAAAGCGUCCGACGUCCAUUUAUCUCACGCUCCCUGCGUUCUUUGCUCACUUCAACCGUUACUUCAUCGAAUCCUGUUUCCUCUCUCGCCGCUGCAGUGCUCUACAGCUCUCGGCACGUCGACAUGAACCCGUUCGCCGAGCUGUUUCACCGGAUCGCCCUGCUCGUCCUCACGCCCAAAUGCUAUCAAGUGUUCUUUUACGAUUUGGAUUUCUUUAACGGUACUUGUAUAAGAUCUGCACUCAGUAAAGGUCUUGGAUUUGGGAUAGUCGGCGGAUCUCUUUUAGUCAAACUUCCACAAGUUAUCAAAGUAUGGCAAAGCAAAAGUGCUGUUGGAAUUAGUUUGGUAAAUGUUUGCAUGGAUCUAUUUGCUGUCACAUCAAAUGUUGUAUAUAGCUAUUCUAGUCAAUUUCCAUUCAGUUCAUGGGGUGAUUCAUUAUUCAUACUAUUCCAAACAUUACUAAUUGUAAUAUUAGUUUUCUACUAUAACAUAUCUAAGAGGGCGGCUAGUGCUUUCGCCUUUAUUUAUUGUUCAUUAUUGUUCCUUCUCGUAUCUGAUAUUGUUCCAAAUUCUUUUCUCUGGAAUGCACAGUUUAUCAGUAUACCUUUAAUGUUUUAUGGCAAGAUGACUCAAGGCUACGUGAAUUUCCAAAAUAAAAGCACAGGGCAAUUGUCAAUGGCUACAUCUAUUCUUUUAUUUUUAGGAUCAUCCGUACGAGUAUUCACAUCCGUGCAAGAAACUGGAGAUAAUCUUUUAAUUUGGAGUUUUGCUCUUGCAUCUAUUGCUAACUUUAUAAUUGUUACUCAAUUUUAUUGCUAUAAAUCAGGGUCACCUGUUAAGACUAAAAAAAAAACAAAAAAAAAUAAAAGAGCAUAAAUAACAUAACCAGCGUGCCAUGUAUAUUCAACAAUCACAUGUUUUCAAAAUUAAAAUAGUGUUAUAGUAGAAAUAUAAUAACCUGUCUUUAAAGUAAAUCUUCUAAUCAAUAAAUUAAGUGAUAUGCUUAUACAUAUAUUCCUUCUAAAAAUAA